AUGUCGGAUAAGACCGUCACAAACGAUGUCGCGGUGGCAACCGGCCGUCUUGGCGGCGGACGUCCUAUCACAAGACAGCGCAGGGGCUGUUUAACUUGUCGUCGAAGAAAGAAGAAAUGCCACGAGCAGUACCCAGUCUGCAGUCAUUGCCUUCGUUUAAACCUGGUUUGUCGAUGGGAGGGACCUCGCGAGGUGACUGUUGGCACGGAAUCCUUCAAAUCGACAUCGUCUGUCGGCAGUGCCAACUCCAUCUUGAGCAGUGGCCCACAUCUUGUUGAUAUCAACCGACUGGGAGUUUUUGCGUUGCCUAAAUAUGGUCCAAGCCCCUGUGGCGGGGCAGGAGAGGAUGACUUAAUAAGCAGCCGACGAAUGAUGCUCCGGUAUUACACAACAUCGUUGGUUUUCAUGUUGACGAACAAUUUGCAUAAUAACUGCUUUUUAUCCGUCUUGCUACCAAUGGCCUUUGAAUGCCCCUCGUUGAUGUACGCCUUGGCUGCUAGUUCAUCAGCUCACUUGGCACUCCAAGAUGACAUUUUCCAAGUUAGGGCCUUGCAGCAUCGCGGAAAUGCGAUGGCUGAACUGAAAAGCUCUAUGACUAAAGGCUCACUCACGCGCGAAAUGAGGCUGGCUACGACAUUGGUCCUAUGUUCCAUGGAGUCUAUCUCUUCUGGCAUAGAUGACUGGAUACAUCAUCUCUCUGGCGCCGCUGCAUGCCUCAAUGAAUGCAACAAUAUGGAUACCGCUUCGUCAAUCGAUGGUCAAGCCUUAAUCGGGGAUGAUAUAAAAGCAUUGUCCCAAACCUAUGAGGGUCGAUGGCUUCUCCGAAACUUUGCGUAUCACGACAUCAUCAUGAGUGUAUCACUCAAUUGCAAGCCCCAUCUUGCCGGAGAUUAUUGGCUCUCAUCAGAAGACUAUGAUGUGGCGGAUCCGUAUUUUGGACAUGCCGCAGAAAUAAUCCAUCUAAUCGGAGAAACCAGUCACUUAAACCAGGAUUUCUCGAUGGCUUCACAGGAAGCCACACUGUCAAGCAACACAAUAUCGGGGGUUUCCGAUGCAACAGCUCUAAUGGCAGGUCUAUGCUGUAAAGCAAGGCGCUUAGAGACGAAGCUUCAGGACUGGAAGUGCCCGUCUCAGUCACAGGACGCAUCCUUAAUCAUCUUAGCCGAUGCUUAUCGACAUGCUGCUCUCAUUUACUUGUAUCGUGUUCUUCGAAAGCACAUUACCUCUCACCCGGAGUCGCUUGAGUCAAAUUUAUCAGAAUCUGUGACCGCCAUUUGCAAAAUCUCCAGGGAAAUACCCAAGGGUUGCUAUGCAGAGACCUCCAUGAUAUUUCCUCUAUUUAUGGCCGGUGGUGAAGCGACUUCACAAGUGGAAAUUGUCACAAUUCGAGAAGGGUUUGCUUCGCUUAACCAUCGUCGGCGGUUUCGCAACGUGGACGCGUGUGUUUCAGUUUUGGAGGAGGUUUGGAAGUGCACCGGAGCAGGGUCUGGAAGAUUUAAGAUGGAUUGGAUGGAUGUCGCAAGGACUCGAGGCUGGAAACUUGCCCUUUUUUGA